UUCAGAACUGCUCUGUGUGUUAAAGAAAGACACAACCGUAGUGUGAAAGGAUAGCGGAGGACUCCUCAUGCCGACCCGAAAGAUAACACUGCUGGAAGCCUGGGAGAGGCACAGGACCUUUCGGAGGAAGAAAGCUAAAGACCUGAAAAUAUGUCCUUGUCUACUCCCACUGCUGAGAGACCCCAGUGUGGUUGCAUCUCUCACCCAGCAGAAUGCCAAGAUGGUCGCCCUGCUCCCUCCCACAGGCACCGAAGUGUUCCGCCACUUCACCCUUGAGUCGCUGGCGGAGAUUGAUAGGCGGAUGGCCGAGGAAGCAAAGGAGCAGAAGAGACAAAAGACCCUGAACAUUGAGGUGGCAGAGCAGGACCUGCCAAAGCCAGCCGUCUACCUGGAGGCCGGCAAGAUCCUGCCGUUCAUCUACGGAGACCCGCCACCUGAGCUGUUCAACACGCCCCUGGAGGAACUGGAUCCUUUCUACAAAUCACACAAAACCUUUAUUGUCAUCACCAAAGGGAACACAAUCUUCAGAUUCAAUGCUGAGCCUGCCUGCUACAUUCUGACUCCCUUCAGUAUUCUCAGGAGAGGAUCCAUCAAAAUUCUCAUGCAUUCUUUGUUUAGCAUGCUCAUCAUGUUGACAGUCAUGUCCAACUGUGCGUUUAUGACGAUGAGUGACCCUCCGGCAUGGAGUAAAACUGUUGAAUAUGUUUUCACUGGUAUCUAUACCGUUGAGGCAACAAUUAAAGUGUUGUCCAGUGGCUUCUGUGUUGGAGAUUUCACAUACUUUCGAGAUCCAUGGAACUGGCUGGAUUUCAUUUUGAUCAGCAUGACGUACCUCACAGAGUUUGUUGACCUGGGCAACGUGUCUGUCUUCAGGAUGUUCCGUGUACUCCGAGCCCUUAAAUUAAUCACUCUAAUUCCCGGUCUGAAGACCAUUGUGGGGACUCUGAUCAUGUCAGUGAAGAAGCUGGCUGAUGUGAUGAUCCUAACAGUGUUCUGCCUGGCUGUGUUCGCUAUGAUCGGCCUGCAAAUGUUCAUGGGAACCCUGAAGCAGAAGUGUGUUCACUGGCCCCCUGGUGAAUGGCAUUUCAACUCCACCUACAUGGGCAACAUCACUAUGGCUAAUGGUUUUAAUGACGUUAUGGGCUACAAUGGCGCAAGCACCGGCAACAGCACCUGGGACUUCAAGGCAUACAUCAACGAUAAAGCGAACCAUUACUUCCUUCCUGGAAUGUUAGACCCUCUUCUUUGUGGAAACGCUUCUGAUGCUGGAAUAUGUCCUGAAGGAUACACGUGUAUGAAGGCCGGAGGGAAUCCCAACUAUGGAUACACAAACUACGACAGUUUUGGAUGGGCCUACCUUGCCCUAAUUCAGCUCAUGACACAGGACUUCUGGGAAAAUCUACUCCAGCUGACUCUUCGCUCAGCCGGGAAAACCUACAUGAUUUUCUUUGUGGUGGUGAUCUUCCUGUGCUCGUUCUACCUGAUCAACCUGAUCCUAGCUGUGGUGGCCAUAGCGCAUGCUGAGCAGAACGAGGCCACCAUGGCCGAGGCCAAGGAGAAGGAGGAGGAGUACGCCAUGAUCAUGGUGCAGCUGAAGAGGGCCAGUGUACCCAAGGGGAGUAAGGACCAGCUGGAAGGAGCAGGCCUUCAGAAGAAGACACCCAGUGUCUACAGCCAAGAUGCCAUGGACGAUUUGGAGAAGGAACUGAGGCCUUGUCCGCCUUGCUGGUACAAGUGUUCAGACGUCUUCCUGAAAUGGAACUGCUGUGUGCCCUGGGUGACUUUCAAGAAGUGGAUGUACUUCAUAGUGAUGGACCCAUUCAUGGACUUGUUCAUCACCAUCUGCACUGUACUCAACAUCAUGUUCUUGGCCAUGGAGCACUACCCCAUGACACCACAGUUUGAAGAAGUGCUGAGUGUGGGGAACUUGGUCUUCACGGGAAUCUUCACAGCAGAGAUGGUGCUGAAGCUCAUCGCCAUGGAUCCGUACUACUACUUCCAGGUCGGGGGGAACAUCUUCGACAGCAUCAUUGUGACAAUCAGCCUGAUGGAGCUGUGUCUGGCCGACGUCGAGGGUCUUUACGUGCUUCGCUCCUUCCGUCUGAUGCGUGUUUUCAAGCUGACCAAAUCCUGGCCCACACUCAACAUGACAAUCAAGAUCAUCGGUAAUUCAGUGGGCACCCUGGUUAACAUCACUCUGGUCCUGGCCAUCAUCGUCUUCAUGUUUGCCGUGGGGGGCAUGCAGCUCUUCGGCAAGAGCUACAAAGAGUGUGUCUGCAAGAUCUCCUUGGACUGCAUGCUGCCCCGCUGGCACAUGCAUGACUUCUUCCACUCUUUUCUCAUCAUCUUCCGGGUGCUGUGCGGAGAGUGGAUCGAGACCAUGUGGGAUUGCAUGGAGGUGGCCGGACAGGGCGUUAGUCUCGUCUUCAUCAUGAUGGCCAUGGUCAUCUGUAAACUAGUGGUGUUGAACCUCUUCUUGACCUUUCUGCUGAGCUCGUUCAGCCAUUACAACCUGGCGGCUCCAGAGGAGGACGGGGAGAUGAACAACCUGCAGAUCGCCACCAGCAGGAUCACCAGGGGCAUCGACUGGGCCAAGGCAUACGUCAUAAAACAGUUCUGCAUUAUCAUAGGCAACCAGCCUAAGGAGGAUGGAGAACGGGCUGACGGUAAUGGGGGUAGUAAUGGGGAUUUGGACGGCUUCCCAAAGGACAGGUUGGCUUUGAAAAAUGUUUAUUCCAGUGACAACCCAAAGGCUGAUUUGGAGCUCAAAAUGCUGGACGAUGUUAAUCCAAGUGGAUUUCUUACAAAUGCGAAUUUGACCCUGGAUGUACCUUUUGCCAAAAUGGAGUCUGAUGAUGAUGAGGAUGACGGCUCUGAAGAGAAAGGAGAAGGCGCAAAUGAGGAUGCUAAAGAGGAUACUGAGCUAAGGAAAUCUAUUGCACAGGACAAUGCCUCUUUGAUCUGCAGGACAGCGGACAAUCCCCCUGAAGUGGAGAAAGAAGAGGCAAACCCCACCAGCCCUGAGAACUGCUGGACUGAGAAAUGCAUUGGACGAUGCCCUUGCCUUGAUUUUGACAUCACCACGGGCAAAGGAAAAACUUGGUGGAACUUCAGGAAGACAUGCUUCCUCAUUGUGGAGCACAACUACUUUCAGUCCUUUAUCAUCUUCAUGAUCCUGAUGAGUAGUGGAGCUUUGGCUUUUGAAGACAUACACAUUGAACAGCGCAGGACCAUAAAAGUCAUCCUGGAAUAUGCUGAUCAAUUCUUCACCUACGUGUUCAUUAUUGAGAUGCUCUUGAAGUGGGUGGCUUACGGAUUCCAGGCCUACUUCACAAACGCAUGGUGCUGGCUGGACUUCCUCAUUGUGGAUGUGUCUAUGAUUAGUUUAACGGCUAACUUUCUGGGCUACGCUGAACUUGGGCCAAUCAAAUCUCUUCGAAAGUUACGGGCUUUGCGGCCCCUCCGCGCCCUGUCCAGAUUUGAGGGAAUGAGGGUGGUGGUGAACGCUCUGGUGGGGGCCAUUCCUUCCAUCGGCAACGUGCUUCUAGUGUGCGUCACCUUCUGGCUCAUCUUCAGCAUCAUUGGAGUCAACCUGUUUGCUGGGAAGUACUACUACUGCUUCAACACCACGUCUGAGGAGCUGUUCUCUGCCGAAGUUGUGAACAACAAGACCGAAUGCAUCCAACUAAUAGAGGAUAAUAGCGACGUGCGCUGGAUGACCUCAAAGAUCAACUUUGACAACGUGGCCAUAGGCUACCUUUCCCUCCUGCAAGUAGCAACAUUUAAAGGAUGGCUGGAUAUAAUGUAUGGCGCUGUGGAUUCACGUAUGGUGGGAGAGCAACCCAUGUAUGAGGAUAAUGUUUACAUGUACAUCUACUUUGUCAUGUUCGUCAUCUUUGGGUCCUUCUCCACCCUGAAUCUCUUCAUUGGUGUCAUUAUCGACAACUUCAACCAACAAAAAAAGAAGUUUGKAGGGAGAAAUAUUUUCAUGACAGAGGAACAGAAUAAGUACUACAAUGCCAUGAAAAAGCUUGGUUCCGAGAAGCUACAGAAACCCAUUCCGAGACCCAAGAACAAAUUCGCAGGCAUUAUUUAUGACCUGAUCACCCAACAAUUCUUCGAGAUCUUCAUUUUUGUGCUGAUCUGCCUCAGCAUGGUAACGAUGAUGGUGGACACAGAUGACCAGAGCGAGGAGAAGGAUAAAAUCCUCUUCUUCAUCAACCUGGUGUUUAUCUUCAUCUUCAUCGCAGAGUGUAUCCUCAAGUUGAUCGGACUGCGGCAAUAUUAUUUUACCGUCGGAUGGAAUAUUUUAGAUUUUGUCGUCGUCAUUCUCUCCAUCCUUGGUUUACUGCUGGCAGACCUCAUAGAGAAGUAUUUUGUCUCACCUAACCUUUUCCGUGUCGUAAGACUGGCCAGGAUUGGUCGAGUUCUGAGACUUAUCCGAGGAGCUAAAGGCAUCCGGACACUGUUGUUUGCCCUGAGGAUGUCACUUCCAGCUAUCUUCAACAUUGGGCUCCUGCUCUUCCUCGUCAUGUUUAUCUUCUCCAUUUUUGGAAUGUCCAACUUUGCGUAUGUCAAGAAGGAGGCCGGAAUAGACGAUAUGAUCAAUUUUGAAACUUUUGGCAACAGUAUCAUUUGUCUGUUCAUGCUCACAACCUCAGCCGGUUGGGAUAGUAUCCUCUCACCCAUCCUGAAUAGUGCACCCCCGGACUGUGACCCAGACAUGGAAAAUCCAGGCACAGAUGUAAGAGGCAACUGCAGCCUUGGUUGGGGAAUUUGUUUUAUCUGCAGCUACAUCAUCGUGUGUUUCUUUCUUGUGGUCAACAUGUACAUUGCCAUUAUCCUUGAGAACUUCAAUGUUGCCAUAGAGGAGAGCGGCAACCCGCUGUGUGAGGAAGACUUUGAGAUGUUCUAUGAGACCUGGGAGAAGUUCGACCCUGACGCGUCACAAUUCAUCGCCUACGACAUUUUGUCGGAGUUCUGUGACACGCUUAAAGACCCGCUCAGGAUCCCCAAACCCAAUGCAAUCAAGCUGAUCACCAUGGACCUUCCCAUUGUCCCUGGGGAUAAGAUCCACUGUCUGGACAUCCUGCUGGCGCUGACCACAGAGGUGCUGGGAGAAUCAGGGGGGAUGGAUGCCAUGAAGGAGAGCAUGGAGGAGAAGUUCAUGGCCAACAACCCCUUUAAAGUGUCAUACAAGCCAAUCACCACCACCCUGAGGCGAAAGCAGGAGGAGGUAGCAGCUGUUGUUAUUCAGAGAGCCUGUCGUAAGCAUCUCCUGAGAAGUUCGAUGAAACUUGCUUCCUACAAGUACCACGAGAAGAAAGAGUUAACCAAGGAGGACGAAGCGCCGCCAGAGCAGGAGGGAAUGAUUGCCAUCAGGAUGAGCAAACUGUACGGAAGCCAACAAUCACUCGGAGUGGAUGAAACCGUUGUAGAUAUGGAUUCUUAUGUAAAUCGGGAGAGAAAAGAACUGACAGAGACACAACCGCCUGUGGAGACGACUAAAACGCCGCCGCCUGUGGAGCUUCAGAACGAGAUCAUCUCGCACUCUGCCCCCUUUGUCAUCCCGGCCUCAACCCGUAACUCACAGCUGAAAGAGUUCCAUGUUUGAAUAGCUAGUGCAGCCAAGGGAUAAACACUUCAUCAUCAUGGUCUCCUGCCUUUACAUUUACAUUUACAUUUAAGUCAUUUAGCAGACGCUCUUAUCCAGAGCGACUUACAAAUUGGUGCAU